UAUUGACAUUCUGCACCAAUGCACUAUAGUAUCAGAGUGAGAGAAUCUCAGAGCAGAUACUGCACAUCACACAGGGACCCAGCAGCAGCCUCUCCCAGCACAGCAUCCCUCUCUCACCAACUCCACUGCUUCUUAUAAACUAUAUUGCACAGGAGGAUAUUUCAGCAAAGAAAUCAACAAACUGUCUGUACAGUUCGUUUUGUUCUGUAACUGUGCAACUUUGUUUCCGCUCACACAUCUCAAAGACCUAGGAGGCAGAGAAAAAAAAAAAAGUUACAUAAACUGUGAGUUUUGCGCCUGAAUCCCAGGGACCUAUAGAUUGGCAGAUUGAAGACACUCUCUUGAAGAGGUGGACCUCUAAGGAUGUUGCCAUCUUAUUGGUAUAUUACAUUACUUCUACUACCAGCCUGUGUGAACGUUCAGAAAUUACCCACGAGGGAUGAAGAAUUAUUUCAGAUGCAGAUUCGAGAUAAAGCUCUUUUUCAUGACUCAUCUGUUGUUCCUGAUGGAGCUGAAAUCAGUGGCUAUCUUUUCAGGGAUAACCCUAAAAGAUAUUUCUUUGUAGUGGAAGAAGAUAAUACCCCUUUAUCAGUUAUUGUCACACCAUGUGAUGCACCAUUAGAAUGGAAACUGACUCUACAAGAACUCCCAGAAGAGGCUAGCGGAGAAGGAUCAGGUGAACCUGAAUCACUGGAGCAGCAAAAACAACAGAUAAUGAACGAAGAAGGCACUGAACUGUUCUCCUACAAAGGAAAUGAUGUGGAAUAUUUUGUGUCUUCAAGCUCCCCAUCUGGCUUGUAUCAACUGGAGUUAAUUUCAACAGAAAAGGACACGCACUUCAAGGUUUAUGCAACAACAACACCAGAGUCUGAUCAGCCUUACCCAGAACUACCUUAUGAUCCUAGAGUCGAUGUGACAUCACUAGGUCGUACAACAGUAACACUGGCCUGGAAACCUACUCCCACUUCUUCGGCUUUGAAACUACCAAUACAGUAUUGUGUUGUCAUCAACAAAGAACACAAUUUUAAAAGUCUUUGUGCUGUUGAAGCUAAAAUUAAUACAGAUGAUGCAUUCAUGAUGGCCCCAAAGCCUGGUUUAGAUUUUAGUCCUUUUGAUUUUUCCCACUUUGGCUUUCCUUCAGAGAAUGAUGCUGGAAAAGAUCGUGGCUUCGGACCAAAAAGUUCUAACACAAAAUUGUUAAGACAGAUAACAACAAAACCCAAGGUGGAUCUUCAGAAGUUUUGCAUUGGAAACAAAAAUAUAUUUACAGUAUCUGACCUGAAGCCAGACACACAGUACUACUUUGAUGUUUUUGCAAUGAAUACAGCCACCAAUAUGAGCACUGCCUAUGUUGGUACCUUUGCUAAAACUAAAGAGGAAGCCAAGCAAAAAACAAUAGAGUUGAAAGAUGGAAAGGUCACCGAUGUAUUUAUCAAGAGAAAAGGGGCCAAGUUUUUGCGAUUCGCUCCUGUGUCUUCUCAUCAAAAAGUCACAUUCUCAGUUCAUUCUUGCUUAGACACUAUUCAAAUCCAGGUAAGAAGAGAUGGAAAGUUACUUUUGUCACAGAGUGUGGAAGGUGUACGACAGUUUCAGCUUAGAGGGAAACCCAAAGCAAAAUAUCUGAUCAGACUCAAAGGAAGCAAAAAAGGUGCAUCGAUGCUAAAGAUUUUGGCAACGUCAAAAUUUAACAAACAGCCAUUCCCAUCUCUGCCUGAGGACACAAGAAUCAAAGCCUUUGACAAACUUCGUACAUGUUCUUCUGUCACAAUAGCAUGGCUUGGCACACAGGAAAGGAACAAAUAUUGUGUCUAUAAAAAAGAAGUGGAUGAUGACUACAGUGAAGAGCAAAAGAAAAGGGAACAAAACCAAUGCCAGGGCCCUGAUACCCGGAAGAAAUCAGAGAAGGUUCUCUGUAAAUAUUUCCACAGCCAGAAUCUUCACAAAGCAGUCACCACAGAGACAAUUAAGGGACUGCAAUCUGGAAAAUCUUACUUGUUGGAUGUUUAUGUCAUGGGUCACGGAGGCCACUCAGUCAAAUAUCAAAGCAAAGUAGUAAAAACAAGAAAGUUCUGUUAGAAUCCUUAUGAACUGUUAUGUGAAACAUAUCCUACAGUGAGAAGACUGACUGUGUCCAGCUCAGCCAUGGUGACUUGACAUGUACUUAGAACAGUGUAGAGAGAUAUCUUGUAUACUUCUUGCUCUGUUUGAAAGUGGUUGCUAGUAAGUGCUAAGCUUGCUGCUUCCAUGAAAGUAUCAGAUGGAGUGACAUUUUACAUCCCCCUGUGCACCAGAUCAGAGGCAAACUACUUAAAGUGAUGAUAAUAAUGGCAGGAAUUGGAAAAAUGCAAGAUAUAUCAAACCCAUUCUCAUGUUCUUCACCACAACAUUUAAAUUAUUUCAAGACAUCAUAAAAAAUCAUGGCAAGUCACAAGGCUGUCUUCCUACUUACAUAAAUACUAUCUAGAAGUGAUAGACUAUCUGUAAAUUAUUUUAAAAAGUCUUGUUUUUGUUUUAAAUGUUUAUGUCUUAUGACUGUAAAGUAUCAGAUCAUUCCCUACUGCAUACAGAUUAUAUUGAGUAACCUUUUGUUGUGCCACAUCGGUGUGCAACCCAACUCAGGUCGCACAGUCCUUUGCACUCAGAAGGGUUAACUGGACUCUAUUCUUGUUCAUUCCUUGAAUAUUGUACAUUCUUACUAGGCUGAAUUAUUUUUUAAAUAUGUAUUGUAUGUAUAAAGUUGUCACACAUAUAUUCCUGUACAUAUAAAAUUAAAAAUAUGAGAUUAUAUAUUUCUUCUGUUUACUCAGUGUUUAAAUAAUAAAUCAAGGACAUGUGACCUUUGUAUGUAAACCAUAUUUUUGUGUUUUUUUUUUUUUUUUAUUAUAAUUUUUUUUUCUCUGUCUGCUGCUACCUGUGUGAAUGUAUAUUGAUAGACAGGGAGAAUAAUUUGACUCCCUGGGGAAGAGCAAAAUUAAAAUAGAGAAAAAAUAUAUAAGAACCUAUAGCACACACUUAUUAUCAGCACUAUACUUAUCUUUCUUUACAAUAUAUGCUCUAUUCAAUAAACAACAUUCUAGUUAUCUGAUGCAUAAAUUAAACAUUUAAGGUAAAAUAGGCAAUUUGAAUAACAUUCUUCAAGGGAUUUUUUAUUUUAUUUUUUUUACUCACUUUGCAUUUUUGUUCUAACUUUGGCAAGUAAGUUCUCAAGUCACCAUAUUAAUGUGAUAUUCCUCAGUGCUGUGUUGUGCUGCUUAAAGCAAAUCCUGAUUUGCAGUUUAAAUUGGAUCUCUAAUAAUACAUGCCUUAGUAGAAGAGAAGUGUUAGUGACCUUGCAAGUGGCAGAAGUAUAUUUGCAGCUAUGUUAGCUACAAUGCAGGAGAGUACAUUCUUUGGAUGGCUUGUUCCUUAAAAUUGAUUCAUCGUAAUUAAUCUACCCGUUGUCAGUUUAAGAUAAAUAUAAAAGUUCAAAAUUUCCAGCUAUGGUAUUGUUAAAAAUUAAGUGUUGUUAAUAACACUGUCUGGCUUGUGUAUUAUAAAUGCGAUAUACAAAAAUUAUCACUUGUAUGCUGUUAACACAAAAUAUCAGAAUUUAAUUCAAUAUUAAAAAAAAGUUUUAAUCUGAAAUAGUUAAUUGAUGGUUUAAAAAUAUCAUGCAUUUGUACUCCUAGAAUGUAAGAUUGUAUUCGUCUACAAAAGCAAAUGUUUUCAUUCCCUCAAACUGUGUUCUCCUAACGCCACCUGAUGGAUAUAAUAAAUAUUAAUUUUCACACAAA